CAAAAAGUUCCCGCUGUGGACCUUUUGAGGUUGAACACUCUAAUAGGUACCAAAACCACUAAUUUUAAUCACUUAAAGGUACGCCGUGCACCCCCGUCUUUUUUUAGAUGGGAGUCCCGGGGUGUAACAAUGCAAACUCGCUCAUUUUCUCUGUGGGUCUUCUAUUGGAUCUUCUCUCACAUGCAGGGUCAACUCAGAUAGGAUCAGUGAAAUGUAUGCGUGCAGAAAAACGUUCAGGAAAGUAUCACGCGGACGUGACUAAAUGAACAAAUGAGUGGUGAUGAUAAAGCUAAGCCCAUUAAUGAGUUCCAGAUUUGAAAGGAAUGUCGUAAUAAAAGCGCUGGCGCCGUCUAACUCGAUCCUACUCAUUUAUGAUAACUAAGGAAAAAUUUUACUGAUUAUUUCAGUAAUUUAAUGCUGAGCUCUCCCCAAAGACGACCGCACACGUCCAACAAAGCCAAACUUAACAUCAAGGAAUGAGAGAAAACAAGAUCCAAGUAAGCAAACGUGCUUGAGUUCCAACACAGCUUUUCUCGCCAUGAAAGUCUUGUCUUGGAAGUUCACCCUAUUCACGAUUGCGUUUGCUCUACGGUCUGACAACGGAGUAGUCUCCCUCAACAAGACAGAAGUCAAUGCCACUAACUCUGUUGUCAAUACGACUGACUUCGUAGACGCGGUAGACUUGGAACAAAGCAGGGAAGCUGUUUUGGAAGAUGGAGGGUGUGAUUUCGACGUGGAUUUCUGUAACUGGACCAAUGAUGCAAGCGGGGAUGACUUCGACUGGAUACGACUGAAUGAAAAGACACCCAGCAGUAACACGGGGCCAACUGAAGAUCGCGCAGGUCAAGGCUACUUCAUAUACGCAGAAACAUCUUGGCCACGGAAAUCUGGUCAGACUACCCGUCUGGUUGGUGGCCCGUUUUCAGGAAUAAAAUGUAUGCGUUUUUACUACCAUAUGUACGGGAGACACAUCGCGGAUCUUCAGAUCUACCUGAGCGAGGCUGGUAUGCAGAGCUACAUAUGGGGGCGAUACAAGAACCAAGGCAACACUUGGAGAUACUCCAACGUUACUGUGUUUGGCAACAAUUACACAGUCAUAUUUGUCGCCAGAGUGGGCAAAUCAUACCAGGGAGAUAUUGCCUUGGACGAUAUCACGUUUGUGAACGGCACAUGCGAUGGAAAGAAGCUUAACUAUGUACCAAGACCACGCAAUGUGACGCUAUUCCAAGAGAUUAAAAAGGGAGAGCCAGGCACAUGUGAUUUUGAUGGUGGUUUCUGUGAAUGGAUCAAUCUGCCUCUCGGCGAUCAGUUUGACUGGGCUUUGAACAGUGGAAAAACGGGAACGAUGUUCACUGGUCCGGAAAAGGAUCACACUGGACACGACGGAGCAUAUAUCUUUAUUGAGUCGUCUGAGCCUCAGAGGCACAGGCACUUAGCACUGCUUAUGGGGCCACGAUUGUGUGGGAGAAUGUGCUUGCAAUUCUUUUACAACAUGAACGGAAGGCGCAUGGGAACACUAAAUGUGUACAAAAGAGAAGGCAUGCGAAGUGAUGACCUUUUAUGGACCAUGUCAGGAAACCAGGGAACGGAUUGGCAUGAGGCCCUAGUUGAGAUCGGUGGAGCCUGUUACCAGAUCAUAUUCGAAGGAGUGGUUGGGCCGACCUACUUGUCUGAUAUUGCUGUAGACGACAUUUACUUUAGCAAAGGAACCUGCUGCCAGCUAAAGCAGGAGUCAUUCGACGCAGGUUUAAUUGGAAACUGUACAUUUGAUGAGGGAAUGUGUGAAUGGAUAAACGAUAAAAGCGAUGAUUUCGACUGGCAGCUUAUAGAGGGAGGAACGCCGAGCGAGGGAACUGGACCAACAGCUGGUUACAAAGGAGAAGGCCAGUACCUCUAUGUGGAAUCUUCUGAGCCUCGCCGUUUUGGUGACAAAGCCACCUUGAUCAGCGGCGUUUUGAAGGGUCUACAGUGCAUACGCUUCAUGUAUUACAUGUAUGGUCAAGACGUAGGUUAUCUGUCUGUUCAUCGUUUUGGCGACGGGGUUAUGAGGAGUCGGCUAUGGCGUCGCAAAGGUGACCAAGGCGACAGAUGGCACGAAGCACGUAUUACCCUUCCCUGUGACUCGCCUUCAUAUAUGAUACAAAUUGAAGCCGUGAUUGGUGUUUGGAGGAGCGAUAUUGCUAUAGACAACAUUCAGUUCACCAAGGGGACGUGUCCACCGUUUACGCCAACUACUAUUUCUCCAACGACUCAAAAGAUGGUGACAUCUACGCCGACGAUACCGUUUCACUUGCUCUCCGAAAAUAAUUGUUCGUUCGCUGGUCAUUUCUGUUCGUGGAUAAACGACAACAGUGAUGACUUUGAUUGGCUUUUGAACAGUGGAGAAACAAUGACCCAGGAGACUGGGCCUUCAACAGAUGCAGACGGGGAUGGAGGCUACAUGUACUUAGAAGCCUCUCUUCACACUAUCGGCGAGAAAGCCAGAUUACUAAGUGGUUACUUGACCGGGACCCAGUGCAUGCGGUUCAAGUACCACAUGAUGGGGCCUGGAAUCGGCACUCUGAGAGUUCAUCAAAUAAGUAAAAAAGGUUCAAGACCGAGAGUGGUUUGGUACCGAAUAGGUAACCAAGGAGAAGACUGGAGGGCAGCGGAAUUUAAUUUAUUUGGGAAAUUUUAUAAGAUUUCCAUUGAGGGUGUACGGGGUCCCUCGUUUGAGGGGGACAUAGCGGUGGAUUCGAUAUCAUUCGUUCCAGGAAGAUGUAUGACAAGAGUCAGCGAUGAGGAGAUUCAAGCGGACAGCCACUUAGGUCUAGGAGUGUGUUCUUUUGACAAAGGCUUCUGUCAAUGGAGAAACGAGGCUAGUGAUGACCAGUUUGACUGGUCAAUCACGGAAGGUGAAACACCCUCAAAAGGGACAGGACCAAUGAAAGGUUUUGGUGGAUCAGGGAAAUAUGCUUUCAUUGAGGCUUCAUCCCCUCGCAGACCGGGAGACAAAGCCAUCUUAAAAAUCUACGGUUCUGGCGCGGACCGCUGUUUUUUCUUUGCGUACCACAUGUCAGGCACAGGUAUCGGCAGCCUGUCUGUUUACAAACAAGAGCUUGGUAGAGGACUUCUGCCUGCUCUGCUAUGGCUCAAGAGUGGAGAUCAGGGAGCAGACUGGCAAGAGGCUGAAAUCAACAUCAAGGGAAACAGCCAGUAUAAAUUGAUGGUGGAGGCCGUUAGAAGUCAGAACUAUCGAGGAGAUAUUGCUAUUGACGAAAUUGGUUUUACCAAGGGUCUGUGUUUACAGCAAAGCCGGAAUGAGACUCAAGCGUCAGAACAAAGCAAGAGUGAGACGAGAGCGUCUUAAAUUAAAGACCAAGCAGCACAGUGGUUACAUACAAAACAAGAAAGAAUAAUCUGCUUGAGGAAGACCUGAACCGCGUGGAUGAACCACAGUACAUGACAUUUCAUUAAAUGGAAUAACGCGAACACAGUACCGUCAAGGGCUUUUUGUAAUUUUGUUAACAAAGCGGCAAUCGUUUUUUUUAGAAAAAUUCGCUUUUGUGUAGAGAACAAAAACGUACUUGAAAGAAUUUGUGGACUUUUCAUUCUUUAUACUCGCACACCCAGUUUCAAUGCGCGACUAUUGAAAAAAAUAUUAUUAUUAUUUUUAUUAUUAUUAUUAUUAUCAUUAUUAUUAAAACACCAAAUAAACUCACACCUGUUGUCAUCAUAACAAGCUGGACAUUAAAGACGCUAGUAAAUUUGGUAAAGUUACUUGGAGUCAUUCUGUUUUAUGUAUCCAAGCUGGUCUGUGAACAGAAUAGAACUUUUCCUUAACUAAUGAAAAGAAGUCGACUUGAUAAAAAUACGUGGAAUCCUUGGAGGUGUGGGGCCAGUCCACAGUUGGUAAUCUUGGAAAAACAUUUAUUCAAUUUUAAGUUAAACGUUUAGUUUUUCAGUUGUUAAAUUUUAAGUUCUACUGGACUACUUUAAUAAGAAUUUCUCUUAGUUAUGUAGUUGAGAUUGAUUUCGUUAUUUAAUAUAUAUUUAAAUUAUCGUCCGUUCCUGUGCAGGUAAGUAUUGAAGAUCCAUGCUGAAAUAAUGUUCAGAAACAAGCAGUACGGCUUAGCUUUACACUAAGUACGAUCUUUUUUCCAGCAACGUGUCUAAUCAAAGCAAGUGCUACACACCCCCUUUCACUAACUAAAGUUACUUGACAUUAGUCAGUAAAUGUACGAUCUUUUUAUGAUAGAUCAUGGAAUGCUGAAUGGUAUCGAAUUAAGCUAUAUAAUUAUCAAAUAUAUGUUUAGAAAUACUUAGAGGAGUGUUAAAACCGUUAGUUGAAUGUGAAGACCACGAGAUCAAUGAAACAGAUAGAAUUGAAACAUGUUAUUAUCUUAAAAGAUAGUCAUAAUGUAAAAUAAUAUUGGAUGUAGCACAAUUUGUACCGGGUUGUCACUUUAUGUAUUCUUUCAAUUUAAGCUGUGAGCGCUGAAUUUUAGAGUGGUAUUACUGGUUAUAUAAAAUGUUACUGGAAUAAAUUAAACAAGCUGUCAUAGCCGUAAAUUGCAGCAUUAAUUAAAACUACCAGUUCUUGAA